CUGCGCGUUUCCAAAAUAGCCUCUUCCAAUGUACUCCUCAUUUGCUCUAGUUCUAGUUCCUGGGCGACUGUUCCAUCAUCGUCUGAACCAACCAUAACUGAAAGAUUCACGGCGGCAUGCACGUGUGCUGGUUGCUCUGCAUUUUGUGGCGCCACAUCCUCAGCCGUAGCAUUGUCAUCCGAUGAGGGUACAGCCUCACGUCGUAGCCGUUCGAGUUCGUCAUCAACAUCAUCAUCGCCAUCAUCAUCAUCAUCAUCAUCAUUCUCAUUAUCAUUAGUAGCUCAUAAAAGUCAUGCGCUGCUUAUUUUUGGCAGGCGGAUUGACGAUUGCAGUACUAGACGUCUCGCGCCCUUGACACUGCUGCCGAUUACUGGUCUUAGUGUUUUACGCCUGGCGUAA